UAAAACCUGGGUUAUUUGCACGUUUUGUAUGACAUCUGGUUUCCUGUUCCGCGUGGCACAGAUGCCUAAAGGGGUGGGUGGGAUAGGCCCGCGCCCGCUGUGACUAUUAAAUGAUGGUCUGUGAGUGGGAAAGGUGCAGUCUCAAGAGAAGUUACAGGGCAAAUAACACCUUGUGUAAAUGAAAGAAUGGUUUUGGCCACUGGAAUCAUGCACCAUCUGAGCUGAGAGGACCUAACCACAUCAAGACCCCGUUUAUUCGAUUUGGUCGAGAUGCCAAGAACGGGGCCUGCUCCUCAGAGCGUUCAAGUGCCGGAGGAUCUUCCAGAGCGGGCGCAGCGGCCCCAGGUGGUGUCGGUACAGCAGCGCCAUCGCUGGGACUGCGGCCUCGCCUGCAUCAUGAUGGUCCUGCCGGAGGCCAAGCGCAACCACUUCAUCGAAAACUUCCAGAGCGUCUGCCACGACGAGGGAUUCGGCAAAAGCACGUGGACGAUCGACCUGGUGUACCUCCUGCACCGUUUCGGCGUGCGGCAGCUGUACUGUACCUUGACGCUGGGCAUAGACCCAGGGUACAGGCGGCAGAGCUUCUACGGCUACGGCCGCGUAUUGCGAAUGGACGCGGCCCGCGUCACGGAGCGUUUCGCCAAGGCGGCCAGCCUGGGCGUGCCCGUGGAGCGGCGCGCGGUGCCGGUCGACGAGGUGCUGCACCACCUGGCGACGAGCGGCCCGGUGGUGGUGCUCACCGACGGCCGCUACCUGCGCUGCGACCGCUGCCACACCAACCAGGCCGGCUCCGAGCUCACCACCUGCUUCCCCUGCAUCUCCGAGUACAAGGGUCAUUACAUAGUGCUGUACGGAUACGACUUGUCGAAGAGGGUCGUCUUCUACCGAAACCCGACGUUUCGAGACAGGGAAUGCUGCAUGUCGGUGGCGGCGCUGGAUCAGUGUCGGCGCAGCUACGGCACCGACGAGGACAUCAUCUUCGUGUUUGACUCGUGGACCAGCUGAGCACCCCCGACCGCAGCGGGGUGGCUGUGCUCCGCCCUCACCGGCGCAGGGUCGACGGUGGAUCGUGUUGCGGAUGCGGCGGAGAGGUGGAUGUUCGGUGGUGUCAUGAUGCAGAGACGCGGUUGCAUUGCAUUUCAGCUGCCAGGGGGGGGGGGGGGUCUCGCUGCUGCAGUCAGGCACCCGCAGAACAUUCCGGCUGCCGGGCUGUGAUGACCGCCGUCGCCGUGGAGCAGUCAGACAUGGACGCAGUAGAAGAGUGGCCGAAGUACUUACGUCUAGCAGGACUACGGGAGUGUUUACCGUUUGUCAUGCGUAAUUUCUGUCAGUGAUACUGUGAUUACUGUCAGUGAUACUUCCAUCCUUCCAUCAAUCUGGCAAUACUUUUCACCAUCGCUUUUCGAUGGGACGCUGCUAUCCGUGUAAUGGGCUGUGAUGGCGGUGAUUUUGCUUCAGCGGCCUACGCGCAAUGGACGAUGUUUGGCACACAUCGUCCUCAUUUUUCUCACAGAAGCGACAAUAGCCAGGCUAAGAGUGUGUUUGCUUGUGCGUUUUCCGUUGCACUGAAUAUGUGAUAUGUUAAUAAGUAAAAGUUACCAACCGUAGUGCUCAAUGGGCUGAUUCAAUUGCAUCAAUUUGAGACAUGUGUUAGACUAAUAAUUUUAAGAUUCCCUGCCAGCAUUAUCUACCAAGCCGGGCGACGCUAACUUGAAAGUUAAGUUUCCAUUUGUUGGGAAUUCGCGAAGCAGUAACACGUGAUCAGUGUGUGUACGUGGGUGACAUUGAUUUCUCCUCGCUGAAAUAUAUCCAGCUAUUUUCCCAAUGA